AUGGCUCUCGAUCGCAUCGUCAGCCUCGUCCUACGCGCCGCCGAGCUGGCCUUUGCUGCCAUCGUGGCCGGCAUCAAUGGGCACUUCCUCCACCAGUCCAGCGGCAGCUCGUGGGCGCUCGGUCGGUACAUCUACACCGAGGUCAUCUCUGGGCUGUCGAUAUUCCUGGCGCUGAUAUGGCUGGUCCCAUUCUCGUACACGUUCACACACUGGCCUAUUGAUAUCAUCAUCAGUCUGUGCUGGUGGGCCGCCUUUGGUCUCCUCGUCGAUGAACUGAACAGCUCCGUCUGCGGAGGUGCCUUCUACUGGGGCAACAUCACCUUCCGAGACGACCCUUGCGGUCGAUUCAAGGCCAUCAUCGCCUUCGCCUUCCUCUCCGCGCUCCUGUGGCUCGUGUCGGCACUCAUUGGUUUGUUCUGGGUCCGCAACCGUGAGGCGCGCGCCGCGCGGGUUGAUGGCACCAGGCGCCGCCGCUGGGGACGUCGCAGUCACGUCUAG